GAGGCUUCAAACACCCAGUGAAACAUAGAGAGAAAGCGAUGCUGAGAGCCGGAUUAAGGAGCCUUAGAGCACAGAGAGCAUACGCCACAGCAUCGAAUGCAGUCAACUCAUCGUUGUUAUCCAACGGGCUCAGAGUGGCCACUAUCCAGACACCAGGCCACUUCUCUGCACUGGGGCUGUACGUGGAUGCUGGGUCGAGAUACGAAGCUGGUAAGCUGAAAGGACUGAGCCAUCUCGUUGACCGGUUAUCUUUCAAAUCAACGGAGAAGACGUCUGGGACACAGAUGUUGGAGACUCUGGAGCUAUUGGGAGGGAACUACCUGUGUGCAUCUUCGAGAGAAUCGAUGAUGUACCAGGCUUCAGUGUUCAACAAUGACGUCGAGAAGAUGUUCCAACUCAUGUCAGAGACAGUCAAAUGCCCAAGAAUCACACAGGAAGAGUUGGAGGAGCAGAAGCUCACAGCACAGUACGAGAUUGAUGAGAUCUGGAUGAAACCUGAGCUGAUCCUGCCUGAACUGCUACACAGCGCAGCUUAUAGUGGUGAAACCUUGGGUGCUCCUUUGCUGUGCCCGGCAGAUCUGUUACCACACAUCGCACGUGACGAUAUAAUGCAAUACCGUAACAAGCUGUACCAACCAGAAUCAAUAGUUGCAGCAUUUGUAGGUGUUCCUCAUGAAAGAGCCGUUGAGCUGACAGAGAAGUAUCUUGGUGAUAUGAAACAGACUUCACCAAAGGUGAAACCUCGUGUGGCUCAUUAUACAGGGGGUGAGAUUAGCAUCCCAGCACCACCACCAAUGGGCAAUCUGCCAGAGUUGGUACAUUUGUACAUAGCAUUCGAGGGUUUACCAUUUGAUGACCCAGAUGUCUAUGCAUUGGCAACAUUGCAGACCUUAUUAGGUGGUGGUGGUUCCUUCUCUGCUGGUGGUCCUGGUAAGGGGAUGUACUCUCGUUUAUAUACGCAGGUGUUGAACCAGUUCUAUUACAUUGAGAGUUGCAUAUCCUUUAACCAUUCAUAUGAGGACUCCGGACUAUUUGGAAUCUCUGCCUCCUGUAUUCCACAGGCUGCUCCAUAUUUGGCAGAGGUGAUCUGUAGACAAUUGGCUCAGACUUUUGACAAGAGCUCUGGUGGGCUGAACGACAACGAAGUCAAUAGGGCAAAGAACCAAUUACGCUCGUCGUUGAUGAUGAAUUUGGAAUCAAAGAUGGUUGAAUUAGAGGAUUUGGGACGCCAGAUGCAGGUUAGAGGUAAACGUGUCCCAGUGGAGGAGAUGGUUGAAAAGAUUGAACAAUUGACGUCCGAUGAUAUCAGAAGAGUUGCAGAGAGAGUCUUGACGGGAAAUGCCAACAACGCAGGCAAGGGAACUGGAAAACCAACAGUUGUCAUUCAAGGUGAAAGAGAACACUUUGGCGACGUUGAUGGUGUCAUCAAGGCUUAUGGAUUGGGGAAGUUUGAAUCAGAACAAGUUCAACAAAAGUCUAAUAGAAAAUGGUUUUGAACGCUGGUAUUCACAUCAA